GAUUGUUUGGAAAAAUUUUUCGGAAUAGUGAGACAAGUAGCAGCUGGUCCUAAUGACCACCCAUCAUGUCCAUCAUUUCUUCAAUUAUACAGAAUGCUUUCACUUAACUCUUUAAUAAAACCUCCAAAAAGUGGAAACUGUAUGAUUUUUGAAGAUAAUACUCCUAUUAUUACGUUAGAAGAUUUGAGAGAUGUAAAAAAUUUAAAUGAUAGCUCAUCCGUUAGAUCUGAAAAAAUCGAAAAGCUAAAAGAAAAGCUGAAUAACAUUUCUGAAGAAGGAUGUUGGGAUGUAGAUGAGAUUUUUAUAGAGCACAACUAUUCUGACUCUUCCGUAUUUGAUUGCAUAGUAUAUUAUUUAGCUGGAUACAUGGCAAAACGCAUGACAGUUAAAACUAAAUGUCAAUUAUGUGCUUCUAGUAUAAAAACUCUUAACACAGCUGAAUAUGAUACUAAUGCUGAUUUAAUAAUUGCAAAAAGUAGAGGAUACCUAACACAUCCUAAUAGUAUUAUUUAUAAAAUUAUAAAAACUCUGGAGUUGUCAAUAUCACAAUUUAUCAAUUCUCCAAAUGCAUUUGAGGAGAUUUGCGAGGACUUUUUGAAACAAAAAAUUAUCUUUGACUUUCCAUGUGCAGCACACAAACAAAAUGUUUUGACUGAUAUAUGUACACAUUAUAUUAUAAUGAGAAUGCGCCAGUACACAUUUAUUAAUAACCAGAAAAACAAAAAAUUAAAUAAAACAAAGAAGAAACUGGCUAAAUUAGUAAACACUUGA